CCUCUCCCUUCCUCGGUCGCGACUCACGCACGACUCAGCCUUGCUCUCGAACCCAAUCCCUCGCGCACUUCAGCAUUCAGCCUCGCCUUGCAAUCACGAAUCAAGCCCGUCAGAUUGCAUCCUCUCUUGCUCGUCUGUCGCUGCUGUGUACAUAAUUCCUCCGUCCAGCACUCGAAUCCUUACUUAUCGACUUUGCCGCCAACAGCGCAGUGCCCAGCACCCUCUUAAUCGUCCCGUCGAGCUCGCAUGCUCGCAUUCGUAUUCCAAGACGCUCAUAUCCAAGUACCCCGAAUCCCUCUUGCGAACUUCCUCGCCUAGCAGGAUCACCCACGCGUAAGCCAGGUGGCUUUCUGAGCAGAGCAUUGCUCGCUCGGCUCGCGAUAAUCUACACGGUCUGCAGCCUUGGAUGCUCAUGUCAGCUUAGCUGCUCCAAUUCGCGCGGUCAUUGGAAUCUACGAUGGACAUUCCGCUGCCCGUGAGCGGCACUUCGCAGGCUCAUGCCCAUUCCCGUUUGGCAUCAGCAUCCGAUUGGGGCGCCGGACCAAGUGCCGAAGCUUCAGGCUCAGCUGCUGCGAUCACUCCUGGCAAACCGCAGAGAGAGCGGGGAUUUUCACGAGGCGGGGCAGUGGAACACGCAGCUGGAAGCGGCGGAGCUGCGCAGACAUCGUACGGAUUCCAGCCGUCGACCCUCUCCUCAUUGAGUCAAUCGGGCGCAGGGCUGUCGCGCGCUGGAACCAAGAAGUCACGUUUGAGGAACAAGGAUCGCCAUACAGCCGCUCUGGACAGCAUACGAGACUUUUUGAAAGGCAGAAGCAGCUAUGAUGUGCUUCCUGUCAGCUUUCGACUCGUUGUGCUGGACACGAGAUUGGUGGUUCGCCCAGCGCUCGACAUCAUGUGGCAGGCCGGUGUCGUCUCGGCCCCGCUGUGGCAGUCCGCAACGAGCGAGCCGAGCCGACAAGGGCAACAAGCAUCUCCAGAGAGCGGUCCGGCAUCGAGCUCAGCUGCAAAUCAAGCUGGUGUAGAGGAUGCUGCAGCACACACUAAAGCGGAAGGGGCAAGCGCCUCAUCUAUUGCCCUUCCAGAGGUGUCCAGCGAGCCACUCUCCUCUUCGGCACCGGCAGCUGCUCCAUCUGCGAGCGAGACUUCAGGUGUCGUGACACAAGCUCUAGCUCGCGACCCGGUGGCGGCAGCAGCAGAGACGCUUCAUGCUCUGCGGCCCAGUCCUCAGCCUGUCCAAAGGACGGGCUUCGCCGGCAUGCUGACUGUCAACGAUAUCAUACAUCUCAUUCAGUACUACUAUCACCAUCUCAGCAGCUACGACCUGGCUAGCCGGGACGUGGAAGGAUUCAGGCUGGAGCGCUUGAGAGAUAUCGAAGCGUCGCUCAACGUUCCUACCCCUCCCCUCACUGCUAUCGCACCGCUGCGAUCACUUUACGAGGCUUGCCAGCUACUGAUCAAGACUCAUGCCCGCAGAUUGCCACUUCUCGACUAUGAUGAACAAACGGGCUGCGAGACUCUCAUUAGCGUCCUCACGCAAUACCGAGUGCUGAAAUUCAUCGCCAUGAAUUGCCGAGAAAUUACAGGGCUUCAUCGGUCUGUUCGAUCGUUGGGAAUCGGAACAUACGUCGCAGGCACACCUGGAGUUGGUGCCGCACGACACAUUGGUCAGCGCCCGUCCCGUGGCGGAAGUGCGAGUGGUAGCGCCAGCGGAAGUGCGGGUCCAGCAUCGCGCAUCAAUUCUCGGUCAGGCUCCCACUCUGCGGUAAUGAGCGCGAGACCAACCGUCGCGGGGACGUCCGCGCCUGUUUCUGCACGGACCAGCGCUAGCGGCGCUGUUGGACUUGACCUUCCCAGCACAGCCGAAGAAGCCAAGUCGCCAGAGGGAGAUCCCUCAGCGUCUGCCGCCCAGUCUUGCGAGUCUACGCCGAGCGCUCCUGCCGAAGCUCCUGCAGUCAUUCCGGAGGCCUCAGAGGCUUCCCAGUCUGCAAUUUCAGAAGAAGCUGGCGCAAUUUUUGGCAGUCCUUCCCCGAAGUCGCUUCCAGGCGCUGCCAUGAGACCUGCUGCUGCCCCGACAUCGGCGAGCGUGCCGUCACAAGCACCCGCGUCGGCCUUUGCGCCGUCCCUAAGCCCUACGCCCUUUGCGCCCCUCUCGACGGCGACGCUGGACACCACCGUGUUCGAUGUUGUCCAUAUGUUCUCCGAGCAAGGCAUAUCAGCUGUUCCAAUCAUAGACAACGACGGAUUCGUGGUGGACCUCUACGAGAGCGUCGACGUCAUUGACCUCGUUCGCUCCGGUGCCUACCAAUCGCUCGAUACGACAAUGCGUCAGGCUCUGGCCCGGCGCCCUGCAGAAUUUCCAGGUAUCAUGUCAUGCGGGCCGGAUGACUCGCUAGCUAGCAUCUUCUCUCUUUUGAGAACACGGCGAGUCCACAGGCUUCUCAUUCUGGAACCCCUGCCCGCUUCGCGGGCAGCAUCGAUGACCUCGAAACAAUCGGAGCACGGCAGGCAGUCACCAGAGGGUGUGGCGCCGCCUCCAAGACCCAGAGGCAAGCUUGUUGGUAUCCUAUGCCUGUCCGAUAUCUUGCGGUACGUGACAGGCUCACAAGAAGCCGGAGGCCCAAAAGAACGCCAAAGGACCAUGAGUCAAGCAAGUAGCAGCGCGAUCGCGGGCGCUGGACCUCCUCAAAGCGGUACCAGCCUCAGCUCCGCUGCGCUUCUCGAUGUGCCGGAAUCUGAACCCCUGGGAAGCUCGGGACUUGCAGCGCCAGGCGUGCAGUCUCCGACUUCUGCGAGCGAACAUGCGAUCGAGGGAGCCUCACCGCCACCUUCUGGCGCUGGUAGUGGCCUCUCGACAGUGCCUCUGGCCAUACCUGAAGAGUCACCCUCGAUCGAAAAGGCGGAAUUAGAGAGUGCGGAGACUUUACCAUCAGCGGAUCAGGCUGACUCCAUGUCGCAUCAGAACGCCGUUGCGCCAUCUAGUAAGGACGGGGACGCUGUCAAUGGAGAAUAGGAAUAUUUCCUUCGAUCUACCAUCUGCUCUAUGAGCUCCUGGGUGCACGCGAAUUGGGUGGACGACACCCCGCCUGAUCUUCCACUAUUGGUUCUCAGCCACCUGCGCGAUUGAUUCGCACGACCGCAAUGCGUCUCUGCAUACGAAGGCCCAGAGUCACCCUCAUCACGAAUGUCGAACAAGCUAUCGACUUUAGAAUACCCCCCUUCAACUAGACUGUGAAAUGCCAGCCAGACGCUCAGGCUAUACAGCCUUCCUCUGCCUACUCUGUCUGCAUUCUGUCCCCCUUCGCUCGUCUCCAUUGUAACGCCUUGCAUCGGGAAAUUGACAGGAGCUACCAAUCAUAUCAAUAGAUCAGAGGCUUUGCUUUUUUCUUCCCGAGCCGUACUCCACUUGCUGCCGGUCGAG